CUCGACCACUGCGGGUUUUUCGCGCACAGUUUUUUUUUUCUCCUUCUUCCUUCUGCUGUCUUCUCCACACACACAACAGCGAAGCACGACGAAAGCACAGCAGACGUUCAAACUCGUCUUCUUGUGACACGUUACAAACCGCCCCUUCCCCGUCAUCAGCAGCGCAACAGCAAACACAAAGAAGCAGCACAAUGUCUCGCAAGCUCACCGACGUUGACGAGUCCGGCGUGGACCGCAGCUACUACCAUGGCACCAUUUCCCGUGAGGAGGCUGUGCGCCGCCUUCAAAACGCAAACACAGACGGCGCCUUCCUGCUCCGCAUGAGCGCAACACAGGCCGGCGCAUACACCAUCUCCCUGCAGUCCAAUGGAGAGAUUAAGCACAUUCGCGUGAAGAGCACGGAGGAAGGCUUUAGCCUCGGCAAGAGCAAGGAGUUGUUUGCGUCCAUCUGGGACCUGGUCGAGGCGCAGCUUGACAAGAGCCUCAAGAGCACAAAGGGCGACCAGGCCGUGCAACUUGUGUAUCCGCUGCCCACCUCCAAUGAGGCCAUUGCGCCAGAUGUCCUCGAGCACGCGGCAGAUGCCGGCAUGGACCCCAUGAUGUUUGGCGACGACGUCAUGGCUUUUAUGACCGGCGGCAUGUCCGCUGAGGAAGUUGCUGCGCGCCGCAAGAAGCAGCUUGAGGAGGGCGGCAUUGCCAGCUUGGUCAAGGAGUGAUGGUCACACAACAACACGCUUCAUAAGUUCUGACUCUUCUUUCCCCUCCCCCUCAUCUCCUUUUUUCUUUCCCUCCAUAUCUCUCCCCGUCCCUCCUUCCUUCCUUGCUCACUCUGUCCCUCUCCAAUGCCAGCUUCUUGGCUCCCUCACACAGCGCAUGUGCUCGUGUGACAAAAGAGUCCCUGCUUGCUUGCAGAACUCUCCUCGUGUUAAUCCCCCUCCCUUCCCUUUUACUGUUUGAUUGCCCUCCUUUUCGCUUCUCUGCUUCUUUCCCCUUUCUGUUUCGUCUUGCAGUGCAAUUCGUUCUACUGCCCGUCUUAAUCCCCACAUGUGCAUGUGCAUGUGCGUCUGUGUGCUUGUGUCUGUGUCUGUGUCCGUCGUGUAUGCGUGUGUGCGUGUGCGUGUUACGUGUGAUUGAUGGCUGCUCUAUCGUGUGUGUGUGUGUGUGUGUGUGUGUGUGU